GAGAUAAAUAAGUUGAACGUGUCGCUAUAAAGUUAUUGUUAUAAUACUAUUAAAUUUAUUGGUAGUUUAAUAUAAAUUUUAGUGAUAGGUCAAUUUUAAAAAAUUUUGGAGAUGUUUCGAUUAAUUGUUUUUUUAAAACUUUUGAAUGUAAUUAUAGGAAAUAUAGUUCUAUUUGACAACUACUACAAUACAAAUUAUUGUGUUGAUACAAAUCAAACAAUAGAGUCUGCAUUAGUGUGGAUGAAAAGUGAUACACAAUUUUAUUCUACAUAUCAAAAAAACUAUGUAUGUCGAAUUGAUAAUGAAGAAGAGUGUAUAAGAAAUAAUGUACUAUCAGGUGCUGUUUUAAGAAAUUCUUUAAAUUAUGCUACUGGGUAUUUACUUGAUAAUCGUUGGAAUGAUUUAAAACAACUUCGAACAUAUAAAGGUACCACGCAUAAUUUUUUAAAUAUUACGUCAGAUACUUUCUCGUUUUCUUUUUCACUUCGUAUUCCUGAUAACGGUUAUCUUUAUAUUUGUGACGAUAAUUUACCAUGGGAAGCAAAUAACUGUUAUUUUUUCGUUCUUAACGGUUGGAGUAAUAAUACUCUUGCAAUAAGACGAUGCUAUAAAAAAGAAAUAAAGCCACAUAUUAAUGAUUAUCCCUCAAAUAGAUGUCGUCCCAUUCGAGAGCAAUACAGCCAAAAGGGUAUAGUUUCAAAAUCGGAAUGGAACCACUUUAAAAUUGAUGUAGUAAAAGAUACCGUUUCGUUAUAUCACUAUAAAAGGUUACAACCAUUAUUCACAUUUAUCGAUAAUGAUCCUUUUAUACCAACAAAUGUAAUCAUUCGAAGUAAAGAAGAAGGUUUUUGGAAACUUCACAAUUAUAAUUUCCUUACUAUAAAAGAUAGAAGUAUUUGGAAAGGUAUUAAAGUAUCCUCAAUAUGUUUAAAAGUUUAUGUGAAACCAUGCUUGAAUUGUAAUGUUCAUUUAGCUAUAACAGAUAGAUAUGAUGCAGUUCUAGCACAAAAACUUCUAUUGCAGGAGAAUGAUUGGCAAUCAGUAAUAUUAUCUUCAAAUAAAUCUGUUUAUGGUAGUGAAAUAAAUUUGUUGAUAUCCGUUGGAAACAUUAGUAAUGAACAUACUUUAAUUGGAGACAUUCUGGAGUGUUCCUCAUCAAAUUAUAUUAAUUACAUAGAGAGGUAUAACAAUGAGGCUUGUUGUCAUUCAAUAAAAUCUGGUAGCAAAAUAUGUAGAGAUAAUAUAACGCCAGCAGAUAGAAUUAUUUCAAAUCAAGAUGCAUGUCCUUCAAACACGUUUGGAAAUACUUGCCUUUCUUGUAAUAUUUUCAAUAAUUGUCGAAGAUAUGGCAAAUAUUAUGAAAUAACAUCUCAAAAUUACGUGCAAUAUAGUUGCUAUGAUGGAUAUACAGAUUAUGAUUGUAGUAUAGCUUGUAAACAGGGGUAUUACGGAAGAAGAUGCCAAGAAAAAUGUCACCCGUUUUGUCCCAAUUGUGACAAUGUAUCCGGUUUAUGUACAAGUUGUGUUUCAUCGAGUUUAACCCCAGAAUCUAAUUGUACUGUGUCUUUAUAUCCUGUAUUAAAAAAUGCGCCGGAAGUAAAAUUUGUUGGGAAUACGAAUGUAACUAUACGAAUUGAUUUUAAUUACACUGGUUCUCAGCCAGCUACCAAGUAUAAUAUUUAUUUAAAAGAUGUUAACGAAAUUUCAUGGAAACAUAUUGCUACCGAAAAUUCAAUACCAAAAGAAAAUAUUGACUGGUUUCAUGAUAAACUCUUACCAAAUCGAACUUACCAAUUAAAAAUAAAAUUGUUUACCUAUUAUGGGUAUACUGAGGAUAAUGAUACAUUAUUGAAAAUAAUCUCAUUUACAACGACAUGUAAAGUACUUUCAAAGAACGAUAUAAAUAUUACUCUUAGAGGAGCAUCUGCGGAUAUCAUUAUAGAAAGAAGCUCAGAGUUAUGCCCGCUUGAUGGUGCAAUGAUAAGGUGUGGUGGUUAUGAAUUACCGCUAACAAAUGAAUAUUGCACUUUAGACCCAUGUAGUAAUUCCAGCAUAGAAAUAAUGUCUAAAAAUGGCAAUGUUUUGUACAGUUAUAUGGUUCAAACAGGAGAAAAUCACCAAAUCAUACAAUGUCUAACAACGUCCGAAACGGAUACAACCAGUACUAUCAAGUGGAUAAAUAAUUCGGAUAUAACAACGUACAUAGUGCAAUAUAAUCUUAUCGGAUCUAUAUAUAAAGAAUGUAUAAAUAUAAAUCCACCGGAAACACAACAAAUUACAACUAAUAUGCCGGAAAUUACAUUAGUAAAUUUAAGACCAUAUUCAACAUACGAACUUUCCAUUAUAUCUUUCAAUUCUAAAGAUACAUUGCGAAAAAAAGUAAUCGAUACAAAACCAAUACAAUACAUUAGUCCUAAUGAACUGUCUGAUUUAUCAUUUAAUCAAAUAAACAGAGAUCUUAGAAUAAUAUCAAGAAUUAAUUGUAAUUACAUAAAGGGCCCUUUACAUGUGUUUAUUAAAAUUCAAUGUGUAAGUGAAUGGUGUUAUAAUAAAACAAACAAACUUGAAGGAAUUCAUGAUGAGAACAAUAUUGAUUUAAAUUUUAUAUUUACUGUGGAUGGAUUGACAAAAUACAAUGUGUUGAGAACGAUUAAAAGAGGCAAUUUCGAAAAUGUAACGCAUUAUGAUCAUAUUACAAACGGAACAGCCCCAGGACCUGUCUUAAAUUUAGAUAUAUACAGCAAAACCGAAAAUAGUUUAUAUUUGAGAUGUAAACCACCAAAUCCACCAAUGGGAAAAUUGCAUCAUUACGAAAUCACCUCCUAUAGAAGUUAUGCAUAUAAAUACACCACGGUUUUAAAUUACAAUAUAUUGCCUUGUACACUAUGGAAUAACUAUCACUGCAUUGAAUUAAAUGAACUAUCUGAAAACAAGUAUUACGACAUAAAAGUAAUUCCUGUAAAUGAACCAAACCUUCAAGGCGAUUCAACAGUAAUUAUAGGAAUAACUACACAAGAAAAACCAGAAAAUCCUCAAUUUGUUUCAUUAAUCUGGGAUGAAAAUAAUCUUCUUCGUAUCGAAUUUCCACAUCCAAAUAAAACAAACGGACAGCUUGAAGGAUUUUCUGUAUAUGUGAAUAGUAACAAAAUGGGUAGUAAAAAUAUUAAAAACAUGGAGGAACGGUUCUAUUCAUACGAGUUAAAAGAUUUACCACCAGCCAAAAAUUUAACAAUUACUGUUAAAGUGUUUAAUGGAAGAAGUGGCUCAGAUGGCACUACAAAUUUUACAACCACCCCUCCUCCUAUGCCACAUUUAAAUACGAAACAAGUUGUUAUAGAACCUAACUUAACAAAUGUUACUAUACGUUUACCCAGAAUUGAUAAACAUGAAAAUGUAUUAUGUUUUAUGGCAAUAAUCGUAACAAAACUUGCAUCAUCUCGACAUCGUUCCUUCGAUAACUUCGAGAAAGAGGAUCAACAAAUUUUGAAUGAAAUCGGAAUUUCUCAGGAUUCUUUCAGUUGGGUUGCAUGGAAAAAAUAUAUUUCGGAAAUAGAUGAUGUUAAUUUAAUCAUAAUAGGAGAUGAUACAACGAAUAGAGCACUUCUUCCAAAUACGGAGUAUAACAUUACCAUUUAUAUUAAUAAUAUAUUUUACGACAAAAGUACUUUUUUCGCCUCAUCAUUUGUAACUAAAACAUUAAAUUAUCAUGAAUCGGGGUCAAACUUACUUCUACUUCUUAUACUUUUACUAUUACCGUUAUUAGCUAUCGCUUUCUUUCUAUUUUUGAGAUCUAAAGGUAUACGUUUAAAUAUGCCACUAAUAAACAAUUUUAGAAGACAAAAUGUAUCUACCAAUAAUAAUUCAAGUUCGCGCUCUGAUGCCCAACUUUUAGUACCCAUUAAAUUAAAACCUAAACCAAUGAUUUACCAAAAUAUGGAGGAUAUUUUAGAAGAAAAUAAGUUUUCAAAGCCAGUUCGAAUUCCAGAUUUAGAAAAUUAUAUAAAAGAAUCUUUAAAUAACGGGGAGUUUGAAAGACAACACGCGCUAUUCCCCAGAGGUCAAACAAAACCAUGGGAUUUCGGUACAAAACCCGAAAAUAAAUCCAAAAAUCGUUAUGUUAAUCUCGCUGCUUAUGAUCAUUCCAGAGUGCGAUUAAAAAUUAUUAAUUCAGAUGAAAAUUCUGAAUACAUAAAUGCUAAUUACAUUGAUGGGUAUAAUUGUGAAAAAGCUUUUAUAGCUACCCAAGGUCCAAAAGUCAACACAUUAAACGACUUUUGGAGAAUGAUUUGGCAAGAACAAGUUGAAUUUAUCGUUAUGAUAGCAAAUCUUAUCGAAGGUGGAAAGAAAAAAGUCGCGAAAUAUUGGCCCGAAAUAAACGAAAAUUUAAGUUUUGAAAAUAUUUCGGUUAAAUAUGUCGCUUCUACGGUUUUUGCUAAUCACGAGGAGAGAAUUUUUAAAGUUCAAUUACAAGGGGAACACAGAAUGAUCAAACAAUUUCAUUUUACUUCUUGGCCAGAUCACGGUGUUCCGAUGUAUGCACAAAGUUUAGCGCCGUUCUUAAAAAAGAUUUUAGCACUUCCCCAAGAAACAGCGCCAAUCGUUGUUCAUUGCAGUGCUGGUGUCGGUCGUACUGGCACGCUUAUUUUGGCAGAUAUUUGUUUAAGAAUGGCUGCAAAACAAGGUUAUGUGGACGUAUUAUAUCAUCAAUACAAAUUACGGGAGCAGCGGCCGAAUAUGGUGGAUAACGUUGAACAAUACAAAUUGGUUCAUCUUCUUUUAUUGCAUUCUUUAAUCGCUCCGGAAACUGGAAUCGUUUGUACAGAAAACAUGAAUAUAGUAGUUGAGGAAGUUUUAGCGUCGAAAGAAGUUAUGGAGCAAAUGAAAUAUUUAGAGGAUAGUAGUUGGCAAGAAGAAGCAAUGCAUACAACUGCCACAAAAGUUACUCUUCCGAUUGUUAAUGAAAAAAAUCGAUUUAUGAAUAUUAUACCAGAUGAAUAUUCAAGAAUAAUUUUAACAGCUUAUCCAUCAACUGAUGAAUCAUCUAUGUAUAUCAAUGCAGUAACCGUAAACGGUUUUCAAGCCAAAGGAAAGUUUAUUGUUACACAAUAUCCAUUAAAAAACACCGUUGGGGAUUUUUGGAGGCUUAUAUUAGAACAAGAAUUAACUAUGAUUGUUUGUUUAAACGAAUUAUGUUUAAAUGAUGACAUUUCAGCAGUUUUUUUCCCAACAAAACCUAACGAGACUUUAACUCCCGUUCCAUUUUUAAACAUUAAUUUCGUCUCAGUAAAUGACACCGACAUUUUACAUAUUUACACUUUAAAUUUAGUUAAUUUAAAAAAUAAGGGAACCCCUCAAAAAAUUACCUUAAUCCAUCUCAAAAAGUGGACUUAUCAACAAGUAUGUCCAGAUAGUCCAACACUUUUGGUAUCUCUUUUUGAGGAAAUGAACCGUUAUGGAAAACAAGCGGAUCAAAUCUUAAUCAGUUGCUAUGAUGGUGUAAGAUCGUGUGGAUUAUAUACCGCGUUAUGUUUUCUUAUUGAUAAAAUGAAACUCGAACAAAUUUGUGAUGUUUGUCUUGCUGUGAGGACUGUAAGAUACAGUAGAAAAGAAUUUGUUCGCGAACUGGAACAAUUCCGAUUUUUGUAUUUGUGUGGGUUGGAGUAUGUAAAAAGAUUUGAAAUGUAUUCAAAUUUUAGAUUAUAAUUUAUUUCUGGGUUAUAAUUAAUAUAGGUUAAGAUAGAUUGAAAUAUGCAUAUAUAUAUUUUUGUACAAGCCUUCUUGAAAAUCAAAAAUAAAAAUUAAAUAAACUUA